GUGCUCAGUGUGCACUGCAGGCUUCCUUCGAAUGCAAGCUGGUCAAGCUAGAAAACUCAGCUUCGCGUAGGACUAGCGAUCUGAAACGGGCUCAAUAUGCGGCACGGGAGCGCCUCAUCCACCUACUUGCGCUUUUCUGCAUUUACCGUAGUGUACUUACUUGAAUUUGAAGUGAACUCUAGGUCAAGAGACACCGUCUCCUGACGCUUUCCUAAUUGAUGUUUUUGAAGAUGCAAGCAACUGCCGCGUUUUUGUGAGGAUCUGCUUUUACCUGGAGUGUUUGAUUCAACACCUGUCAGAAGUAAUCGGUGGGUCAUCUGUAACAGUUUACAAAAAGAUAUACUAGGCAGAGGUCUCGGGUCACAGAGUCGGGCAGCAUGAGCUCGUCGGAGCUUGCUGCAGGGGAUGGGUCGGUGGACAGCAAAAAGCCCAAGAAGAGCAAAGGCUUCUUCCAUUCUGUGACCUCGUAUGCGUCGAAAGCAGUGGGCACGGUGCACAAUGGUAUCAGCAGCGGCAUCAGCAGUGUGUUUAACAUCGGGAAUGAGGACAUGGAGGUUACGGCUCCCGACGGAGGCGAGGGCGAUGCAGCGUCGGAGGCAGGGAAGGGGCGUUUCAAGAAGGAAGAGCAAAGCCAGCUGUGGACCAUGAUGCACAAGUACAUCGGCGCUGACGUCACCUCCCUCGUGACGCUCCCGGUGUUCCUGUUCGAGCCCAUGACCACGCUGCAGAAGAUGGCCGAGCUUAUGGAGUACACGGAUCUGCUCAACAGGGCGGCCGUUGAGAAGGACCCGUACGUGAAGCUCGCGCUGUCAGUUGGGUGGGCGCUCUCCCCGUACUACGCGUACCAGCGGACGUGGAAGCCGUUCAACCCGAUCCUGGGCGAGACGUACGAGUUGACGGGCUACAACAACAUUGACUACAUCGCAGAGCAGGUGACCCACCACCCCCCCAUGGGCGUUGCGCACGCUGAGCACCCCCUGUGGACGUACGACUGCAUUUCCAAGCUCAAGACCAAGUUCAUGGGCAACUAUUUGGAUGUCACGCCAACCGGCCAGACACGUGUUCGCUUCCGGGAGACUGGCGAAGUCCUCGACCUGGUUCCGCCUAUGACGAAGGUCCACAAUCUGAUCGUCGGGCGCACGUGGGUCGACAGCUACGGAGAUAUGGUCCUUACCAACAUGAAAACGAAUGACGUCUGUGUUCUCAAUUUCAAGGCGUGCGGGUGGUUUGGGUCUGGCCGCCACGAGGUUUCCGGGUACGUCGAGAACGCGGCGGGCGAGAAAAAGCUGUACAUUUGGGGCAAGUGGACCAAGGCCGUCUGGUACAAGGCAUGCAAGCCCGACGGGGAGCCCAUUGAGGGCGCUGAGGAGGUGCUGAUCUGGAAGCUGGCGGAGGUUCCGAAGAACGACAAGUACGACUACACCUACUUCGCGCACCUGUUGAACUCGUUCGACACGGCGCCGAAGCCGGUGCUCGCGUCGGACGGCAGGAUACGGGGGGACAGGCUGGCGCUCGAGCGGGGGAACACCAAAAAGGCUGGCAGCGACAAAACCAAGCUGGAGGAGCGGCAACGGUACGAGCGGCGCGAGCGCGAGGCGCGCGGUGAGGAGUGGACCCCGCGCUGGUUCCGGCCGACCGGAGAGACGGCGUGCGACGGCGAGCUGCCAAUCUUCGAGUUCACGGGAACGUACACGGAGCGGGUCGCGGCGAUCAAGAGCGGGCAGCUCAAGGACGGGCUCGUCCUCACGGAAGAAGAGGACCCGUCCGACAAGUACUCCCCGUGGCAGUACAAGGCCCCCGAGGAGGUUGAGCUGCUCGGGGCGUCAAAUCCCGACCACAAUCUGAGCAGCUCGUCGUUAACCGAGUCGCUUAAACCGGUCGAUUCCCAGAAGUCGGAUCCUGUCCUGUCUGGGGGUGGGGUUAGGCCGGUGGUCAAGCCUGGUUUGAUCGAUCCGGCCGCGAUUGACGCGGUUGUCUCGAAGAAGGCUGUGGGGUAGGUGAUUGUGUCGACUGUGUAUCUACUGGGUGUAUAAGGUGGUCGGUUGGGGAAUGGGUAUCUGGGACUACGUUUUAGGCAGCCCCGCUGAUUGUAAAGCUUUUUUGCUAGCAUGAUGUUGUGCAGAAUUCGAUCCUCUCUGUUUAUAGCUUGCGGUCUGUGUGGGAAACAUGCAUGAUGCCAUGGUGU